AAGAUAUUUUUUUUAAAAAGGAAAACAAAAAAUAAUAACAAAAAAGCGACACGACUACAAAAGAAACUACAUUUUCUUUCUUCGCGCGUCUAGAUCAUCCUGAUCUCCUCCUCUUCCUGGGCCUCGCCUCCCUCGCUAUUCGAGGAUUUCUGUUGCGUUCUCGGCCGUGACGGAUUCGGAGAGAAAUCUCCGGCGUCUCGAUUUUCACGAGAGAGAAUUUGGGUGGCGGAAGCUGAGAGAGCCGAUUCCGUUUCUUGGAAUCGUUCUGAGGUUGGUUGCUUCGCACUCGGGAAGAAGCGUCACUGAGAGCGAGGGAGGGAGGAAGGAGAGAGCGAGAUAUUUGCCUUUUAUUCUGAUUGCUUCCCCCGGUCUGAAUCGCUGGUGCUGAGUUCGGUAUUCAUGAUUCUCAGAUUGUUUUGGCCAUCACUGUCAAUAAGGACCUAGUUUCUGGUUCUGAGAGUUUCCGGCUGGUAGAGAAGUUAAUUUGCAGACAUGCCGUCUCUACAGCUAUUGCAGUUGACUGAACAUGGCCGUAAUCUUGUGGCGUCAAGACGGAAAUCUAUACUGCUGGCAGCUGGAAUUCUGGCUGCUGGUGGGACGGCUGCAUACCUGAAGUCAAGGAACAGCUCCCAAAAACCUGAUUCUUCACAUUGCAAUGGGCACAGUGAUGGCAAAGAGGGAUCAGAAAAGAUGAUAAAAAAUGAAAAAAAUGCAAAGAUAAAUUCAAAAAAGAAGAAAGGAGGCUUGAAGUCGCUUCAGGUUCUGACUUCUAUUCUUGUAUCUCAGAUGGGCCGAUUGGGUGUGAGGGAUUUUCUGGCACUAACGGGCACAGUGGUGCUUAGAACUGCUUUGAGCAAUAGAUUGGCAAAAGUGCAGGGUUUCCUAUUUCGUGCAGCUUUCUUAAGGCGUGCACCGCUGUUUCUACGACUUAUCACCGAAAAUAUUCUCUUGUGUUUCUUGCUGUCAACAAUGCACUCUACAUCAAAGUACAUAACUGGGACCCUAAGUUUGCGGUUCAGGAAAAUAUUGACAAAGCUUAUCCAUUCUCAUUAUUUUGAGAAUAUGGCAUAUUACAAGAUGUCACAUGUGGAUGGUCGGAUUACCCACCCUGAGCAGCGAAUUGCAAGUGAUGUACCAAGAUUCUCUUCCGAAUUGAGUGAACUUAUACAGGAGGAUUUGACAGCAGUUACUGAUGGUCUGUUGUAUGCAUGGCGCUUGUGUUCCUACACUAGUCCGAAAUAUAUCUUUUGGAUGCUGGCUUAUGUAUUGGGAGCGGGGGUUGCAAUGAGAAAUUUCUCUCCUUCUUUUGGGAAAUUGAUGUCCAAAGAACAGCAGUUGGAAGGGGAGUACCGACAGCUUCAUUCUCGCUUAAGGACUCAUGCAGAAAGCAUUGCUUUCUAUGGUGGGGAAAGCAGGGAAGAGUCUCAUAUACAACAGAAGUUCAAGAAUCUUGUUAGACAUAUGAGAAUAGUGCUCCAUGAUCAUUGGUGGUUUGGCAUGAUCCAAGAUUUCCUGCUGAAAUAUCUUGGUGCCACAGUCGCUGUUAUUCUGAUUAUCGAACCAUUCUUCUCUGGGCAUCUUAGACCUGAUGAUUCGACAUUAGGGAGAGCAGAGAUGCUAAGCAAUAUAAGAUAUCACACCAGUGUCAUAGUUUCCCUGUUCCAUGCACUGGGAACUCUUUCUAUAAGUUCCAGGCGGCUCAAUCGUCUCAGUGGUUAUGCUGACCGUAUUCAUGAGUUGUUGGUUGUCUCGAGAGAGCUCAGUAGUGACGACAAAUCUUCUUUCCAGAGAAAUAGAAGCAGAAAUUAUCUCUGUGAAGCUAGCUAUGUUGAGUUUUCUGAUGUCAAGGUUGUUACUCCAACAGGCAAUGUCUUGGUGGAGGAUCUCAGUCUUCGGGUUGAACAAGGAUCUAAUCUUCUGAUUACAGGUCCAAAUGGAAGUGGCAAGAGUUCUCUUUUCCGAGUUUUAGGGGGUCUAUGGCCCCUGGUGUCUGGACAUAUUGUGAAGCCAGGAGUUGGUUCUGAUCUUAAUAAGGAGAUUUUCUAUGUGCCACAGAGGCCCUAUAUGGCAGUAGGGACGCUUCGUGACCAGCUAAUUUAUCCUCUUACUCAAGAUCAAGAGAUUGAGCCGCUCACAGAAGCCGGAAUGAUUGAGCUAUUGAAAAAUGUUGAUCUGGAAUACUUAUUAGGUCGCUACCCAGCGGAUGAAGAGGUCAAUUGGGGAGAUGAAUUAUCUCUUGGGGAGCAGCAAAGAUUGGGCAUGGCUAGACUAUUUUACCACAAACCCAAAUUUGCAAUUCUUGACGAAUGCACAAGUGCCGUGACAACUGAUAUGGAGGAACGAUUUUGUGCUAAAGUUCGAGCUAUGGGAACAUCUUGCAUAACCAUUUCACAUCGCCCGGCCCUUGUUGCAUUUCAUGAUGUUGUCUUGUCAUUAGAUGGAGAAGGGGGAUGGAGCGUUCACUACAAGAGGGAAGACUCUGCACUUUUGACUGAUUCUGGAACUAAUUCGACAAAAAACUCGGAGACAGAUCGACAAAGCGAUGCGAUGGUUGUUCAACGGGCGUUUUCUGCAGCCAAAAAGGAAUCUGCACUUGCGAAUUCAAAAGCUCAGUCAUACCAGACAGAGUUAAUUGCAAAAUCACCUGUUGUGGAUAAAAAUAUUGUAUUGCCUAGAUUUCCCCAACUCCAAACAUCCCCAAGGGCCCUGCCUUCAAGAGUAGCUGCAAUGAUAAACAUAUUGAUACCCUCUAUAUUCGACAAACAAGGGGCGCAACUUCUUGCUGUUGUUUGUCUUGUUGUCUCAAGAACAUUGAUCUCUGAUCGAAUCGCGUCCUUGAAUGGAACCACUGUAAAGCAUGUAUUGGAGCAAAAUAAGGUGGCUUUUGUUCGCUUGGUUGGCAUAAGUAUUAUCCAAAGCGCUGCAUCUUCUUUCAUUGCACCUUCAAUAAGGCAUCUAACACAAAGGCUUGCAUUAGGCUGGAGGAUCCGUUUGACUCAGCAUUUACUUCAAAACUAUCUGAGAAAUAAUGCAUUUUACAGGGUCUUCCAUAUGUCAAGCAAAAAUAUUGACGCAGACCAGAGAGUCACUCAUGACCUAGAAAAGUUGACCACUGAUUUGUCCGGACUGCUAACUGGAUUGGUAAAGCCAUCAGUUGACAUUCUUUGGUUCACAUGGAGGAUGAAGCUAUUGACUGGUCGGAGGGGAGUUGCCAUACUCUACACAUAUAUGUUGCUUGGUCUUGGUUUUCUAAGGCGUGUGACACCCGAUUUUGGUGAUCUAGCAAGUCAAGAACAGCAGCUUGAGGGGAAAUUUAGGUUUAUGCACGAGAGACUGCACACUCAUGCCGAAUCUGUUGCAUUCUUUGGAGGUGGAGCACGAGAGAAAGCUAUGGUUGAAGCAAAAUUCAUGACACUUCUUGACCACUCGCUCAUGCUUCUAAGGAAGAAAUGGUUGAACGGUAUUCUCGAUGAUUUUGUGACAAAGCAGCUUCCCCAUAAUGUAACUUGGGGACUGAGUUUGUUGUAUGCCUUAGAACACAAGGGAGACAGAGCACUGGUCUCCACUCAAGGUGAAUUGGCACAUGCAUUGCGAUUCCUAGCAUCUGUGGUCUCUCAAAGCUUUUUAGCUUUUGGCGAUAUUCUUGAGCUGCACAAGAAGUUUCUCGAACUUUCUGGCGGUAUCAAUAGAAUUUUUGAGCUCGAGGAGUUUUUGGAUGCUUCUCAGUCAGUUUCAGGUGUUUUGUCAAGAAAUCACACGGGUCAUCUGGAUUCAGAAGAUCUCAUUUCCUUUUCCGAGGUGGAUAUCAUUACCCCUGCGCAGAAAUUGUUGGCUAGCAAGUUAACAUGCAAAGUAGAGCCGGGAAAAAGCCUGCUUGUAACAGGUCCAAAUGGCAGUGGGAAGAGUUCCGUAUUUAGAGUCCUUAGAGAGGUUUGGCCCAUAGUCAGUGGAAGACUUGUAAAGCCAUCGCUGAAUAUGGAAGAAUGUGGUUUAGGAAACGGCAUCUUUUUUGUUCCCCAGCGACCUUAUACAUGUUUAGGGACACUGAGAGAUCAAAUGAUAUACCCUCUCUCUAAAGAAGACGCUGAGAGGAGAGUAGCCAAAUUGUUCAACAAAGGAGGUCAAAGCUCGGCAGAUGCUGGAAGCUUUCUAGAUGCCCACUUGAAAAGCAUUCUGGAGAAUGUUAGGUUAAUAUAUCUUUUAGAAAGGGACGAAGCUGGUUGGGAUGCUGAUCUCAAUUGGGAAGACAUGCUAUCGCUUGGUGAGCAACAAAGACUUGGCAUGGCACGCUUAUUCUUCCACAGGCCUAAAUUUGGAAUCCUCGACGAAUGCACCAAUGCAACGAGUGUUGAUGUAGAGGAACAACUGUAUAGGGUUGCACAGGAUAUGGGCGUCACAUUCAUAACCUCGUCCCAACGUCCGGCUCUGAUCCCAUUCCAUCGCUUCGAGCUAAGGCUGAUCGAUGGUGAGGGCAACUGGGAACUCCGUUCCAUCAAACGUACAACCGAUUGAGUUACCUUUUCACGGAAAUUUUUGUCAAAAGAAGCUUCCCGUCUAAUGGCGCUCCCGCAAGAGCAAUGAAACCAGAGCAUGUCAAGGAUUAAGAAGAAAAUAGAUCGCGGGCAAUUCCCAUAAAAAAAAAGUAUACAUGGUAUGGAAUUUCAUUUUGGACAAUGCCCUUGAUUAUAGGAUCCGAAAGGUAAACGAAGAAGAUGCGUCGAAGCUGCGGUCAUAGGAUUUUAUUUAUGGAUGAUGUUUAGGAAAUGCGAUUCAACUGGGGCAUAUUGGGCUCCCCGGGAAUACAAUGUAGCAUACAUAUGGCAAUAGGACCUGUACAGUUUGUUUCCAUCUUCACCUCCCAACCCACCAAAAAAAAAAUAAAGGAAGAUUUUUUUUUUCUAUA